AUGCCGGUCGCAACUAGUAGUAGUAGUAGUAGUAGUAGUAGUAGUAGUAGUAGUAGUAGCACGCGCUUACUACGUAAGUUGUUUGAAUGGACUACGUACGGUAGCUACGCGUCAGGCACUGGCACUAGCCCGGGACCAGAACCGCGGCCGCUGCUUUGGCUUGGCUUGGCAUUGGCAUUGGCAUUGGCAUUGGCAUUGGCAUUUACGGCGUUGGGAAGGGGAGGCCGCUUUUACGCUGGACGUGGACGAGGACCUGGACCUGGACCUGGACCUGGACGUGGAUGGCUGAGUGAGUCGAUAUCACGAUGGCCAUCAAUCCGCCUCGUCUCGAUCAUUAAUCAUCACGAGAAAGCUCCCCCUUCCUGCUUCCUCGCGGUGCUGACAGCAACAACGACUACCACGAUGGAUGCAGCGGGCGUCGAAGAAGGCUCGAAUAAGUACAGUACUACUACUACGCAACAGCAACAACAUCAACAUCAACAACAAGACAGCACAAGCAUCUGCCCGUCAUUAGAUAGCUCCGGAUCCCGAUUCCAUUCGAUUGGAGUCAGAGCACCCAAUCCAUUCCACUCCGGCCACGCUCCUUACCUCCCUCCGUCCGAAGUCGAGUCCUCUCUUCGCGACACUCCCAUACGCCAGCCGGUGUCCUAUUGUUUGGUCUUGGCGCUUUGGGAUUCUUCAAUCCCAUAUCCAGGCCCCUUGCGGAACGUCAGAUCCCGAGCGAUUGAAUCAAUCUCGCCGCCUUCGGAACACCAUACCCUACUCCCGAAACCCGAACCCGAACACAUAUCCCCAGCUUCAACCAUGGCCCCAUCUCUGCACAACCACUCCUCUUUCGUUCGUCCGCGGACGGGAGAUCGCGAGACUCGUCCCGGAACGCGCGACCAGACCGACAAUAAUUUGAUCAUCCCAAGCCGAACCUCUUCCCUACACUCCCGCAUCACUCAGCCCAUUCCCUCGUCACUCGCCGUCAAGCCCCAGCAGAGGACGCCGAAGACCCUCACGCAUGCCUACAUGGUAUGUGGUGUCGGGCGGGAGCCGUCGCAAUGGGUCAAGGCACCUGCACCAGCACAGGGAAAGAUAGGGCACAUGAAGGGAGCGGUGGGCCAGUUCUGGCUGCCGGAGAUCCUCGGGAGCAGCCCGAGAUUGGAACAGGAUAACGAGAUCGCGAGAGUGCUCCACGCGGCCAUGAGGGCCUGUUUCCCGCACGAUGUGGAAAUCUGCACUGGACGCAACCAGCCGCACUGUGUGCACCACUCCUUUGUUCUCCAGCAGGAUUCCUCCCACACGCUUUACGGUAUCGCGCUCCGCGUGUGGUCGCGUGCUGAUGACAAGCGAGCCGAGACCAUUCGAGACCUCCGAAAGAGGACCGAACCGGAUUUCUACGAUUCCCCCGAUGAGACGUACUGGAUCCCGUACUGCCUCUCUUUUCUCUCCCGGUACCCGCUGUACAACCUCUUGGGGGACUACCUCCGUGGUAUGUGGAUCCACUGGAACAAGGCCACGAACCUCUUCCACGCCGAGGAGGUUUCUCGCAUUCUCAGCUUCCCAGCCCCGAGGCUGAACGACCUGGUCCGCAUCGAUAUGAAAGACUACGCACUAUGCUACCAGUUUCCUUCCUCCCCCACUGGCUUCCAGAACUUCGCCAUGUGGCCCCUCUUCUCCUGCUUGUCGGUGCCCAACAUCGUUGGUGUGAUCGAGGCUGCACUGUCCCCUACGCGCCGCAUUGUGUUUGUCAGCCACUACCCAGCGAUGCUCACCACGGCAGCGGAGACGAUCCGAUACUGCGUUCGUGUGUACGAGUGGAGCGGUCUGUACGUCCCAGUGGUACACGCCAGGCACGCGAAGGAGCUGGUCCAGGAACCCGGUCCCUACAUCCUGGGCAUCACCGCGGAGUGCAGGUCCCUCUUCACCGCACCCACCGAUGCCUUGGUGGUUGAUCUGGACCGCAACUUCGUGCUGACCUCGAGCCCCCCCACGGCGCUGACCGCUGGUCAGCGAUCCAAGAUGGUCAACCGGCUGACCCAGGCCCUGAAUGGAGACGUCACGCCCUCUGGCGUACCGCAGCAUCUCCGAUCUGCCUACGGCGGCGGGAAGUUGGUUCCUGCUGGGCAGAUCAUUGUGAUGCGCGGGGAGGUGGAAUCCAUCCAGGACCCUGACUGGUGGAACCAGGACGCGAUCAUGGCUGUGAUGGACCACGUCUGCGAGAAGAUGGGGCGCAACACCGGAAUGAAGGCCGUCUUUGGGGGGGCCGUCAAGAAACCGCUCAUGACCAAGGUGUCCAUGAGGCACUUGAAUGAGAUUGUCCGUGAGAGGAACCAGUACUCCCGGGAUGCUCUCGAGGCCUGGCAAGAUUUUAUCAACCUAAAAGGUCGUAUGGAUACCGAGCUUGGCAAGGUCACUAAGCGAAACAACUUUCUCGUCGAAGAGCUCGAGAGCUGGAAGCAGCAGUUCCUCAAAUUCCAGGCGUUUGCGGAGCAACUUACCAAGGAGACUCAAGAUCUCAAGGUCAAGAUCGAAAAUCACAAGCGCGAGAACAGACGCCUCUCUGGCCUCAUUGACCAACAGAAGGAUGACGCAGCCCGUCUCACCGCCCGUCUUUCUGGGACCGAGAAGCAGCGUGACGACGCUCUCGAAGCCUUGGUUCUUCAGCAAGAGAUUGCCGAGGAGCUGGAGCGCGAGCGCAAGCGCAACAAGAAGGAGCUCAGUGCUCUACAACACACCAAUGUCACCAUUCUCCGUCAACGAGAUGAGGCACAGCGUGUGGUUCUGCACCUCCGCGCCCUGAUCAGUGGCCAGACACACCACAUGGAGCACAUCGUCCGAACGCUCGGCAAGAGUCCAGAGCUGGUCGAAUACAUCGAGCACGGUUUCGAGGAGGAGGAGGAGGCCGAUCUCCGGGACAUCGUUGAGGAAAGCAAGGUCGAUGAAAGCGGCGAGCUGUCAUCAGCGGAAUCCCGAUCUUCGUCGCGCGCCUACGGGAACGGCACCAGUGGUGACGACAUGACGCCCGGAAUGGAAGACCGUCUCCGCAAGGGUCUCCGAAACAGCAAGCGAUACAGCCAGAUGAGUAUCGUAGAUGUUGCCGAUCGCCACCUGAAGGACAAGACCGAUGCCAUCGCCCACAUUAUCCGGAACAUCAGCGAGCAAUGCGCGGCGGCGGUUGAGGGUCUCCAACUCGCCCACGAUGCCGAGGUCGAGGCUGAAGAGCUGGCGUUGAAGGAAGCUCGCGGUCAGCACCGUUCGAGUAACCUCUCCACCCUCUCAGCUAGCGACGACGGACACUCCAACGGAGGAUCCGACACCGGCGAGGAAAGUAGCCGGCAACGGUCCUUUCUCCGGACGUCGAGUAUCCCUCCAACCCCGGACCUCAUCCACAACCGGUCCAGCACCUCUAUGUCGAUUGCAAGCACAGCGACCACCCCGGAACGGGGCAGCCAGCAAUACACCAUCGGAACGGACAUCCCCACAAAGAUUGUCGAGGAUAGUGACGAGGAGCUUCGGGGAAGGAGCGGAGAUGAGCGCAGUGGGUCCGAGUACGCAGGGAAGCCGAAUAUGAUGCGCAGACCUGCUGGUGUCCGGUUGAGCGCUCUGGGUGGCCAGUAA